AGACGCGUCCAGUCCAGUAACGGUCAUCUGUGGGUUAACGGCCUGCUCGGAUUAAUGUGUUAUUACAAUGGCUACCAACAACUUAAGAUCAGCGAUAGAGAAUUUUGAAGAGUUGUUCAGACGCACUCUAUUUGUUGAGCUUCCUACUUUCCAGCAAAAUGACAUCAAUGAGACUAGACAAGAUGACGGAGAGCAUUUUCCUGAUAGUAUCAGUAUGUCAGCGGAAAGUGAGGUGGAUGACCAGCCUACAGCGCAUACAGCUUGCCCUACAUCUCCUUUGUCUCAGCACAAGUGGGUCCAAGUAGAUUCACAAGAUUUUGAAAACAGCCCUAAGUCCCCUGCACGGCCAGACAGUGCAUGUGGAAACGCUGAUCCAUAUGACUACUUAGUGGAGGAAGAAAAGGAAUGUGUUGGUUUUGCUAGACUGGUAAAGCAAGUCCAGCGAAAUGCAGUGAGACAGGGCUUUGAGUUCACACUGAUGGUUGUGGGAGAGUCUGGCCUGGGCAAAUCCACUCUCAUCAACAGCCUCUUCCUACAAGACUUGUACAAGGACAGGCCUCUAAGUGGUCCUCGAGAGAGGAUGUAUCAGACUGUAGCGAUUACAAAGAAGACAGUGGACAUUGUUGAAAAGGGCGUUAAGCUGAGGCUCAACCUUGUGGAUACACCAGGUUUUGGAGACAGUAUGAACAGCACCAAUAGCUGGAAACCUGUGCUGGAUUAUGUAGAGCAGCAGUUUAAGCAUUACCACAUAGGUGAGGCCAGUCCAAACCGUAAGAACCUUCAGGACCACCGGGUGCACUGCUGCCUGUACUUCAUCUCAUCUUUUGGCCACGGCCUCAAACCGAUUGAUGUGCAGUUUAUGAAGGCCCUUCAUCGUAAGGUCAACAUUGUGCCUGUGCUGGCUAAAGCAGACUGCCUCACCCCCUCAGAGAUUCAGCGUAUGAAAGUUCGAAUUCUAAAGGAGCUUGACGAGAACGACAUCAAGAUCUUCCAGUUCCCAGAAUGUGACCCAAAUGAGGAUGAACUCUAUAGACAGCAAGACUUGGAAAUUAAGAAAAGCAUACCAUUUGCAGUAGUCGGGAGUAACACAACAGUGGAGCACAAUGGCAAGAGAAUUCGAGCACGCCUUUACCCGUGGGGUGUUGUAGAAGUGGAAAAUCCUGCCCAUUGUGACUUUGUGCAUCUGAGGAACAUGUUGGUGCGUACACACAUGCAGGACCUCAAGGACACGACUGAUUAUCUGCUGUAUGAAAACUAUCGUAUGCAGCUCAUGUGCCAAAACCAAGCGCACUGACAAGGAAAGUGAUCACCUCACAGGAGUACAGCACACUGGCAGGAACACAACAAAAACGAAACUAUCCUAUAAUAUUCUAUUCUUAUUUUGUUCAUUUCUUAAUAUAACCUUUCGUGGAGAUGACAGAGAGACCUGUCACAUCAGCAUCGCACAUGUUCUAAUCUAAAAGACAGCAUAAAUAUAUUUUUAAAUGUAUAAUUAACUAAUGACCAAUCAAAUGGUGUAAAAAAUGGUGUAAACUUACUUAAGUGCCUAUACCAAUAGCAGCAGUGUUAAGGGCUUCCUCUUCUUGAAACCAGAAGAACCGAUGGCAUUCCUGGAGAGGAUGUUCACUGCAGUCAUGAUGCACCUAGAGAAAAGAUAAAGAUAAAAAAGAUAACAGAGAAUGAACAGCAGAGUCUAAUGUAAAUGCCAUGUAGAAUCAACCCCAGGCAUUUAAUGUCACUAAUUUGUCAUUAAAUGAUGAGGGAACAGGUUACACCUAGCCAUCUCCAUACCUGUUAAUUGACCACUUACAUUUGAGCUUGCAUAAAUAGAGAGGCUUUGCAAAGUUAGCGGCACAAUGGUUAAAAUAAUACUUUUGUUAAACUCUUGAAAUAAAGUAUACACUUCAAUCACA